AUGGCAAUUAUCUGGGGUCUCGAUCUCCGGGAUAUGCAAUGGGGAAAGUUCAAGGGAGCUUAUAUGUUCAACCACGUCUAUCAUCUUCGCAAAACCAAGAUGAUUGUGUAUCAAAUCGCCAUGAUUCUAUGUGUGUGUUCGGAAUCUGUUGGAACGGCGGCUCUAAGUGAUUACGUCGAUCAACGAGAUGGCAUUAAAUCACGUUACGGAUAUCAUACAUCAGUCCGAGACAUCGUGGGGAUUUUCUCCUUCAAUAUCUUUGUCGGUAUAGCCGUCGCAACCAUUUUUGGUUCCGGCUUCUUCUUCGAUCUCUUCUGGCCCCAACGUCAUGAAUCCAUCGCAGUUAAGAAAGCAUGGAAGAUUUGUUCGGUCUUGAUGUGUUUCCUUACUUUCGCAGAUGCUAUUGCUCUCACCGUCAUUGUAGCCACCCAACGCGCAACGAUCGAUGGAUUAACAAACUCCGAAGCACAACAAUAUUUCGACUUGAACGGUCCCCCAAAUCCUAUCUACCGCAAAAACGCAUAUUGUGUUGCUUCCGUCGUCCUUCUGUGGCUUGGUAUGCUAGGCACGAUUGCUAGUACAUAUAUCAUGUGGAAAUCACUUGCGCACGACAAGGUUCAUGGACCAUUUGCCAGCAAUUUUGGACCCAAAGAUGAACCAUGGCAAAUCCACACCAAAUCCGCCGCCAUUGAUACCAAAAGUCCAUCCAUGGCCGAAUCGGGUAUUGCUGAGCAACCAAUCGCUACCGCCAAUGCUCCAGCAGUGGCUCAACCAACUCAUGGACAUCAAACCGUUCAUCACACAACUUAA